AAUUAACCCAAAUUUGAGACAUCUGCAUUGCAAACCCAUGCACUGUCAUGAUUACAUCCAUGUCUGAACACCUCAGCUCUAAAUGUUUACUUAUGUUUCCUAUUUGGCAGAGGCAGCCCUGGAGGCAAAUAAAUCACAAGCUGCCAGUAGGCCAGGCCUUGCACUGUGAGAAAUUGAGACUAAAAAGCAGAACAAGAAUGAAAGAGUAAAGGGUUUUCAGAUGUGAGUCCAGCCCAGCUUGGGUGUGCUCCCUUUUAUUUGAGAGAGAGAGAGGAGGACAAUCUGUUGCGCCUCCACCCCUUUAAAAGUCAAGACAAUUCGAAAGAACCGUGUGUUUUAGACGUUUUAUUUCACUGCCAAGUCGAGCAGACAGACAGGGCAGACAGAACCUCGGGGAACAUCUGGUAACCGCGGGUAACACCGAUAGGACAUCUGGUAACUGAGGGGCUGCACUGCGUCUAGCUUCUACACGGUCGAGUUUCCUGUUAUGCCUCGCAGUGCGCGGUGUUAUAAGUUUAGACUCCUUCUAAAUGGUCAUCAUUUGGAGCGAAUGUGUCUAUGCUCCUUUUCUCUGACAUGAGGGGAGCGUUCGGUUUCUUUUGGCUGUUCCUUUCCGUCCUGUAUGAUUCCAGCCAUGGAGAUAGUGACUUCAAGACAAGAUGUUGGAAAAAGAACUAUACUUACUGUGAAAAGUACUGUGAAUACUGUGCUAACAAAACACUAGAGGAUUGUUAUUCUCUAUUUUUGGAUCACUAUUACUUAAUAUUUGUUCAGUCCAUGACUCUGCUUAACAGUACUGAAUGGUGCAUCUGGAACAACGUGAGGAGCCACUAUAACCAUUUCACCUUGGGCACAGAGAAUUCAGCCGACUGCAUGCAGAUCCCCUGGCCUAACUCCCAGGUGGAGCACUACUUUGUGGAGAUCCACUCCCUUUUCUUCAAGGACUGUCCCACAGAGGCAUUGAGUGACCCCCCUCCCGGCAUCGUCUUUGCCCUGGUGAUGACCCCCAUCUGUCUUAUCCCUGUCAUGGUCAUUCUGGUGGUGCUCAAAACCAAGAACGGAGAUGGGAGCUCCUGAUAGGCUGCUCACCCCCUCCCCCCCCCUCCCAGCAGGCUCUGUACACCCCUGCCCAUGCUGCCCAUGCACAGCCAUUGAUCCGUUCGCUGAUUACACAAACGCACAAAAGCAAAACCAACCGACAAACUGCAGAAAACGAGUUAGCGCUGAUAGGCUGCUCUCCCACAAUGCCUCACGUCAACAUUCUCCCGCUGUUCUUAGUUCAUCUGCUCUCCCAGACGGUGUUUCCCCCGGCUGCGCUGGACUGAUCCAUGACCCAUGAGAUUACUUUACACCCCCCCCCCCCCCAUUACACCACUGAAUGCCCUGAAGUAAGGAUGUCUGAAGAUGCACUGAUACUGUAGUAGGUUUUGUGCCAUAUGGACAUGUUGAUUUUAGGAUUUAGCGUUGUAGGAUUAAAGAGUCCCCGGAUAUGCAAUGUUAAAUUUCCUUUGUUUAAAUAUUACUUGAGUUUCUGUCAGGUUUUGGUUGUGUAAAAAAUCGAAACUAUGGUUCAAUGACAUCCCUUUCUUAUUCAUUUAGGCUGCUCAAGGAAAUGUGUGUCAGAGUGUUUCAACUAGUUGACAAUCGUUCCAGAUACGUGACCUAACAAUGUUUUUAUUGGUUAUUUAACAUAAUCUAUUCCAUGUUAGGUGGAUAUAAUGACAAAAGCUUGGUCAAGCUGGAUGGACUGAAAACAGGCAUUUUGUGGUAGAAUGUCUAUAGGCUGAUGAGAAAAGUUAUGGGCCUUGGAUUGCUGGGCAUUCAGACUUGACAUGUGAGAAGGACAAAGCCAUUUUGCUGGCAGAAUUUGACUUCAUUUACUGUACUGCAUCUCAUCCUCAGGAUACAGAGGCAUUUUUUUUACAACCACGAAUACACAACCUAAAUAGUGAGUGUAUUUAUGUAUAUAUGUAUGCGUGAGCACAGAUCUAAUUGAGAUGUGCCCUUUUUAAC